UCAUAGCAUUGGGAUGCUGAUCUACACAGUAGUUUACUGAACGUAGCCACAACAUGUUGACUGCAUCGCUUUUUGUGCUCUUUUUCGUUGUCUGCCCAUUGCAGACAAACGCGCAGAAUGUCACUGUUUCUCUUGCGAACUCCCAAGCGGUAUCAAACACUGUGAAAGAGAUGUUGGAUGAGAAGUUGCCUCCAAAUGCCGAAGCUCGUGACAGCGGCAAUAUGCUAUUGGACUCAGUAAAGAAGGCGCUAAGUAUCUGCGAUGAAGCACUGAUUAAAGAUCAGCAGAUUGUCAAGCACACCAACUGUGUGGCUGAAACCAAGGUCUGGGCGUUGAUCUCAGUGGGUGAAUUGGCUGGUCAAUCGUGGGCCAAAUCUGGUGCAUCUCGUCCUGGAUUGUUCUGUUGAAAAUGUUGUCAAUUGUGCGCUGCUUUAAAUAAAGUGCUUCAAUUCAGUGUCUA